AUGUGGUGCAGUCCGGUCUUAAGAGCUUCCCUUUCUCUGGGGCAUCGUAGUCCUUCGCGGGCACAGUCUGCUCUGGCCCAGCUGAAGCACCUGCUGGAGGAGGAACUGGAGGGCAUCCGAGGCGCCGGGACCUGGAAGAGCGAGCGGGUGAUCACAUCAAAGCAAGGGCCGCAUAUUCAUGUAGAAGGCAGCCAAAGAGAUAUCCUGAAUUUCUGUGCCAAUAAUUACCUGGGACUCUCCAGUCAUCCUGAGGUGAUCCGUUCUGGCCUAGAUGCCCUGGAAAAGUAUGGCGCUGGCCUCAGUUCUGUCCGCUUCAUCUGUGGAACACAAAAUAUUCACAAGGACCUGGAGGAGAAGAUUGCUUGUUUCCAUCAGAGAGAAGAUGCCAUCCUCUAUGCAAGCUGCUUUGAUGCCAAUGCUGGAAUCUUUGAGGUGUUACUGACCCCAGAAGAUGCAAUCCUUUCAGAUGAACUGAACCAUGCCUCCAUCAUUGAUGGGAUCCGGCUGUGUAAAGCAAAUAAAUACCGCUACAAGCACAUGGACAUGCGUGAUCUGGAAGCCAAGCUGCAGGAUGCACAAAAAUAUCGUCUGCGGCUGGUGGCCACUGAUGGUGCUUUCUCCAUGGAUGGUGACGUUGCCCCCUUGAAGGAAAUAUGUAACCUAGCCCAGAAAUAUAAGGCCAUCGUGUUUGUUGAUGAAUGCCAUGCUACUGGAUUUCUUGGGCCUACUGGACGGGGCACUGAUGAACUCUUGGGAGUGAUGGAUCAAGUCACUAUAAUCAACUCAACACUCGGGAAGGCACUCGGGGGAGCAGCAGGUGGCUACACAACUGGCCCUAAAGCUCUUGUUGACCUUCUCCGCCAACGUUCUCGCCCUUACCUCUUCUCCAAUAGCUUGCCUCCUGCUGUAGUGGGCUGUGCCUCCAAGGCUCUGGACCUGCUCAUGGAAAGCAAUGCCAUUGCACAAUCCAUGGCUGCCAAGACUACACGGUUCCGAAGCAAGAUGGCAGAAGCUGGAUUCACCAUUUCAGGCAAUAACCACCCUAUAUGUCCUGUGAUGUUGGGCGAUGCCCGAUUAGCUUCAAUGAUGGCUGAUGACAUGCUGAAGAGAGGCAUCUAUGUCAUUGGCUUCAGCUAUCCAGUGGUACCCAAGGGGCAGGCACGUAUUCGAGUACAGAUCUCGGCCGUUCACAGUGAAGAGGAUAUUGAUCGGUGUGUGGAAGCCUUCUCUGAAGUGGGCCGUAAACAUGGGGCCUUGCCCUGAAUAACUGGAGAACACACAUACUAUGUGGCACUGUACUGGGUUUUCGAGCUGGAGAUGGGCCAUACUACUCUUCAGAGAGUUGUAUGUUCUCUGAAAAAGAGGCAUCACUACUUUGGUGGCCUUUCUCGUCUCACUUCCAUCUAUUUGAUCAGAAAUAUCAGUAAAGUAUUUUGAUAUUGUUUGGUUAAACCAAAGGUGAUUGUGGAAGAAAAGACCCGUGUGUUCACUGUGGGAAGCAAUACCUCAAACCACUUUAAUAAACUAAUUAUUAUAUGA